UAGGUUGUCUGUUACCGUCAGCACUUGCUGUCAUAAAUGACAUGCCAGAUUUAUUUGGCGUGACUAUCUAUUUUGAUACAAAUCUGUUCAAACGAGCGGUCUCGCUAUACUGUAGAUGCACCCGCAUGCAUCAGCAUCUACACCAUCCACAUACGCGCAGGCUUGCUGUGCCGGGGAGACUUAAAUGUUGCAGAUGUAUACAGAGCACGCCAUAAUCCACGCAGGCUUGCUAAAUGUAACCCUUUCCUGCCCGGAAUGACUCCGCCUUGAGAGCAUGUUGUUUAUUUCUUUGAUUUUUGCGAUAGGUUAGGUCUCCUUUAAAAAUCCUACGGCGUCAAUUAAUUGGAUAGGAAAAGGCUUGCAUCUCGCUGAGACAUUACACUCAUAGCAUUUAUCUUCCGCAACGGGAAAACGGAAUGGCAACUCCCCUACGAUAUGAGGACGAGGAUGCGGAGGCUGAGCAAAGACGAAUUAUCCAAACAAGCAGCUGCCAUUUCGGUGAAUCUUCCACGUCCGAUCUCUGAGGUGAUGUGCCGGAGGACGUCGAACACCUCAUCCUAAAGUAUGCUCGUUUACCUUCUCCAACUACGCGACGUUUUCAUUCUUGGCGGCGCAUAAACAGGGAAUGACAACACGUCAAGAUGGUCCGCAUCAUCAGUGUGCUGGGUCUGAUCAUGUUCAGUGUGGCACUGCUCAUACUGUCAUUGAUCAGCUACGUGUCAAUAAAAAAAGAUUUCAUCUUCACGGCCCCCAAAUACGCGAAUUCGGGUGGGCCGCGGAUGUAUAUGUUUCAUGCCGGAUUCCGGUCCCAGUUGGCUAUGAAGUUCCUGGAUCCUGCAUUCACGUCGCUCAACAAUGCCCUGAAUGAAGAUCUACAGGGCAAGACAUCCGAGUGGAAGUUUAAUAGGACUGCAUAUUUAGAACAAAGCAAAGAGAUUGCUCAGUACAUAGAUGUCCCGAACAACUUCACCCUCACCAAACGCAGCGUGCGUGUCGGGCAGCUGAUGCACUACGAUUACUCCAGCCACAAGUAUGUCUUCUCCAUCGGGGAGAACUUCCGCUCGUUGCUGCCUGAACUCUCGCCCAUCCUCAACAAGCGCUACAACACCUGUGCUGUCGUGGGCAACAGUGGCAUCCUGACCGGCAGUCGCUGUGGGCCCGAAAUUGACAAAUUCGACUUUGUUUUCCGCUGCAACUUUGCUCCGACCGAGGUGUUCCGCAAGGACGUGGGCCGACACACCAACCUGACCACCUUCAACCCCAGCAUCCUGGAGAAGUACUACAACAACCUGCUGACCAUCCAGGACCGCAACAACUUCUUCCUCAGUCUGAAGAAGCUGGACGGGGCCAUCCUCUGGAUCCCUGCCUUCUUCUUCCAUACCUCGGCCACCGUCACGCGCACCCUUGUAGACUUUUUCGUUGAACACAAGGGCCAGCUGAAGGUGCAGCUCGCAUGGCCAGGCAACAUUAUGCAGUACGUCAACCGAUACUGGAAAAACAAGCAGCUGUCUCCCAAGCGUCUGAGCACGGGCAUCCUGAUGUACACGCUGGCCUCCUCCCUGUGCGACCAGAUCCACUUGUACGGCUUCUGGCCCUUCGGCUGGGACCCCAACACGGGCAAAGAGUUGCCCUACCACUACUACGACAAGAAGGGCACCAAGUUCACCACCAAGUGGCAAGAGUCUCACCAGCUGCCCACCGAAUUCAAGCUGCUCUUUAAAAUGCACACAGAAGGGCUUCUGAAACUCACACUGUCCCACUGUGCUUAAGGAGUUUCUGAUGAGGAGGGAGGCAGUGAGAGAGAGAGAGAGAGAGAGAGAGAGAGAGAGAGAGAGAGCCAGAAAGAAAGAUAGGAAAGAAAGACAGACAGGUCUCUCAUCCUUUAUCCACUCUAUCCAGCCAUGCCCUGCCCUGACAGGGGGGAAGCAGAGUCAUGCAGUCACCGUCCUCCUCUCACUCACAGAAAUAGCAGCAAGCUGCAAAAACUGGAGCGCACGUGAAACAACAGGGGAGGAAAACAAUAUCAGCAAAUUUAUAUAACGUCAGCCUGCAUAUCCACUCCAGCUUUUGGUUAUUUGCUGUGGAUCCCCUAAUAUACAGAGAAGUAUAUAUGCAACGGAGGAGGCCAGCCAAACAGAGCUUUGGGUGUAGAAGGGAAUGCAGAAAUGUUAUUUUCAUUUAUUUA